AUGGCCUCAUCAGACAAGCUUCAGCGCAAGCCUUCCCUACUCAGGAUGGGCAGGAAGUCUCGGCCGGACCGUCUUACACCUUCUGCUAAUACUCGGCCUUCGACUCCUACAUUAUCCGAAUCUCCUAGCUCUCAACCCGAGCGUCGUCAGAAUGGCUUGCGAAGAUUCUUCGGCAGAUCUCGCGAGCCAGAAGCACGGAAUCGAGUGCUCACGCCACCAUCGUCAUCUCCAGUACCAGCAGCGUCUCCACUCAUUAUCUCGAGGUUCGCCAAAGCAUUUGUAGACGCCCUAAACGUUACGCAGCUCUCCAAUUUCCUCAUCUGGAUAUUAUACUACGAGGUCGUUGAGCUACCGGAAACCCCAGAGGCUUGGUAUGCACCAAUCGACAAUAUGGACAUGCGUGGGUGGGUUGCGCUGGGAGAGUUCCUGGCAAAGACACAAGAGGCGGGUGAUGGAUAUGGCUUCGAUCUGAUCGUGUUGGACUCCAUCUGUGAUCGAAUUCGAUUAUCGCGCCCGAUAGUCCACACGUUGUUGAUUCGCUUCGCCAAUCCAGAGAAGAUGAAACACAGUAUUCUCGCUGCAGCAGGAAGCAUAUCACCCAAGCAUGAUGCUACGACGAUGGAAGCUCUCGAGGCCGCGCAGUCGAAGUUGGAAGACUUGCACAAGUUGGCCAACCAUCUGAAGCCACAAAGAGGGACACAGUACGAAUCGUGGCAGACGAUCAUUCAAGAACGUCUGAAUGCGUUUCUGGACAUGGUAGUCGGCCCCCGCAUUGCUCAUCUGCGUACAGGCAAGCCGCUUACGACUGUUGCAACAUCAGAGCAACUCCCGAAAGAAGUUACAGAAGGCAUCAGGAUGAACUAUCUCUACGAAGCCAUGCAACAGGAGCGCCAUGUACCAUUGGAGCGUUAUGGUAUUCGUCAAGGUCACAACAAACACGAACACCAGACUCUGCAAUCGUCUUCAUCUCCAGUGAACGACAACGAGGUCGAGCGAUCGCGUAAUCAUGCGAUUGCGCUCAUGGCCGAGAAUCGAGAACUGCGUUCUGAUAUCGCAGUCCUGCUGCAGGACAAGGAGAGACUGAUCAAAGCAAACGAGAAGCUAGCACAGAAGGCUUCUAAACUCGGUCGCCUACAACCUGCAGGCUAUAUCCGUUCGCCGCCCUACGAUGACUGUCCUGAAGAAAUAUCAGGCAAGGAGAAGGUUGACGGCGAACAACCAAUGGCUACUCAAGCUCCACUGCGCCCAACCCGCCCCCGUUCCGUUUCCACCGGCGACAUCGAAGCCCUCGCUGCAGCCCUCGAACAGGGACUCAACAUCAGCACGCAUCAUCGCCAAAGCUCCGAGAUCCUAGCUCAAAAAUACGACGAUGUGUUUUCCAGCUUGCAUUCUUCGCCCUUACCAACCCUCCGGCUCUCGGCUCUCCCAGCACCGUUGACGCCUUCGCCUUCAUCAGUAAACGGCAGUGCGACGCGGCCGAUGACUCUGGGUGAUGCGCCGAGGAGUGGUAGGCGUAGUGGUAUGAUAUUCGAUGGAGAUAAAAUGGGUCAUUUGGCUGGAGGUGGGACACCAACGGCGGAGGAUAGUGAUGGGGAUGGGGAUGAGGAUGAGGAUGGGAAGAGGAGUGGUGGGUAUGUUCCUGUUACGCCGACGCCGCAGGGGAGGAAGAGGUUUGAUUUGUUGGAGUAG